UAACAAUGCCUAACGCAUCCUUGCAUUUUUUUUUUACUCUCCUCAAUAGAUACUAAUCGCGGACACGGAUACUCGAAGCACCCGUAGACUCUAUUUUCAUCUUUUCCCUCUUCGUUACAACUCAUGUGGCGUGCGGAACCGAGGCUUGCCCCUGAAUCUGAGUUGGAUUCGUUCGUUGAUCGGCUAGCGACGAUCUGUACAUAUUCCUGUAGCUCUUUAUGUGUGUCUUUUGUCUUUCACCCUCCUUUCUGCACUUGCUGUCUGUCAUGUUGUCAUUUCCUGUUUCUUUUGUUUUUUUUCUAUAGUUCAAUCUUUAGUCUUUUGAUACCAUCUAUACGUCCGCAUGCACGACUUUUGUAUAAUUGUGAGAUGGUUGGUCACAUUUUUAAUAUAUUUAUUGGCCCAUGGACGCUGUAAUCAUCGGCGAAUGCUUAGCCCAAAGUCCGGGACAAUGCAUCACGUG